CAUAUUUUAUUUUUAUCUGUCUUAUUUUUGUUUGUUAUUUUUAUCCCGGUGGGUGAGACGUUCACUGACCCCCUCCCCCCCUGUCCACAUCAGUGUGGCCCUGGGCCUGCAGAGGAGUCUGACCUCACACCUCCAAACCCCUCCCUGUCUCGGAUGGACUACCUGCAGGUGGAGUGAUCGCGCGCACAUGUGUCAGUUGGCGUUUCGUCAUCAUGGGUACACAAACCAAGGCCCUGGUCUCUGCCAAAUGGCUCGCGGGCAUGCUCGGGGCCGGCCUCGCGGGCCCCGGCCUGCGGGUGCUGGACGCGUCCUGGUACCUGCCCGCGAUGGGGCGGGACGGCAGGGGGGAGUUCGCUCACUCUCACAUCCCGGGGGCCUCGUUUUUCGACAUCGACGCGUGCUCCGACCGGACCUCAAGGUUCGACCACACGCUGCCCGCGGACAGCUUUUUCGGAGACUACGUGGGCGGCCUGGGGGUCGGGAACCACAGCCACGUGGUGGUCUACGACGCCAGCGACUUCGGCAUGUUCUCGUGCACCAGGGUGUGGUGGAUGUUCCGGCUGUUCGGACACCCCCGCGUGUCCGUGCUGGACGGGGGGUUCAGGGCCUGGGUCAAGCAGGGUCACCCCGUCACGGGGGCGCGCGCCAGCCCCGAGCGCGCGCAGUUCACGGCCACCAUGAACCGGUCCUGGGUCCGGUCGUUUGAGGACGUCACGGAGAACAUCUCGGCAGGCCGCUUCCAGCUGGUGGACGUCAGGCCCUAUGCCAGGUUCAGGGGAAGGGAGCCGGAGCCCAGAGAAGGUGUCCAGCCCGGCCACAUCCCAGGCUCCAAAUGCAUGCCUUUCUUUAAGUUCCUGGAUGAGGACGGCAUGAUGCUUCCCACGGAGGAGCUGAAGCGCUUCUUUGAGAAGUCCCAGGUGGACCUGAGUAGGCCGCUGUGUGGGACCUGUGGCUCCGGGGUGACGGCGUGCCACAUGGUGCUGGCCGCUCACCUGUGCGGAGCCCCGGGAGCGUCGGUGUACGACGGGUCGUGGUACGAGUGGUUCACCAGGGCGCCUCCAGAGCACAUCAUCUCCGAGGCCAACGGCAAGCCGCAUCACACACGUGGUUGUGUUUACUUCCCCGUAGCCCAUGCGCCCUCUAGCAGCCACCGUCUGAACUGCGCACUUCUCAACAUGGCGGCUCAGACCCGUGCGCUGGUGUCCAGCGAGUGGCUGGCGGACGCCAUCAAAAACAAACUUGUCGGUCCCAAGCUUCGCAUCCUUGACACUUCGUGGUACCUCGCGAAAACGAAACGUGUCCCGAAGGAUGAAUUCGCUCAAAAGCACAUACCGGGCGCGUCGUUUUUCGACCUGGACGAAUGCAGCGAUAAGAGCUCAAAGUAUGAUCACAUGCUACCGACCCCCAGCCACUUCUCCCGGUACGUUGAGGACCUCGGAAUCGGGAGCGACACGCACGUGGUGGUGUAUGACACCAGCGACUUCGGGGCGUACAGCUCCCCGCGCGUGUGGUGGAUGUUCCGGCUGUUCGGGCACAACUUGGUGUCGGUGCUGGACGGUGGCAUGAAGAACUGGCUGGCUAACGGCCACCCGGUAACUCCCGAGCACUGCAAGCCGGAGCGCCGAGACUUCCGGGCGACCCUGAACGCCUCAUGGGUGAAGACCUAUGAGGACAUCCUGGAGAACAUCAACACCAAGCAGGUCCAGGUGGUGGACGCCCGGUCUGCCGGCAGGUUCAGGGGUACAGAGCCAGAGCCCAGAGAUGACGUCCGGCCUGGACAUUUUCCCGGAGCGAUCAACAUGCCCUUCCCGUCCUUCUGGGAAGCCUCAGGGAAGCAGCGUGAUACCGAGAGUCUGGCUCAGCUCUUCAAAGAGGCGGGAGUGGACCUGGAGCGGCCGCUCUGGGCGAGCUGUGGCUCCGGGGUGACGGCGUGCCACGUGGUGUUAGCCGCUUACCAGCUGGGCCACCACGGGGUCUGCGUGUACGAUGGUUCCUGGAGCGAGUGGUAUAAAAGGGCCUCUCCAGAGUACAUCAUAUCAGAAGGGGAGGGAAAGAAUCGCCGUCAGAGCGAAGGGAGCGUUAGCAUUAGCGACGCAGGCAAGCUAGCGCCGAAACAAACCUUACGCCAAUUACUAUCUCAGGAGCGCAAAGCUUGGAGGAAAGACCACCCUUUUGGUUUUGUUGCUGUUCCCACUAAGAAUCCGGAUGGAACUAUGAAUCUGAUGAACUGGGAGUGUGCCAUCCCGGGGAAAAAAGGAACCUUGUGGGAAGGAGGACUUUAUAAACUCCGAAUGCUUUUCAAAGACGACUACCCCUCCUCUCCCCCCAAAUGCAAGUUUGAGCCACCCAUCUUCCACCCAAACGUGUACCCAUCUGGCACAGUGUGCCUGUCCAUCCUGGAGGAGGACAAAGAUUGGAGACCCGCCAUCACCAUUAAACAGAUCCUGUUGGGUAUUCAGGAGCUCUUGAAUGAGCCUAACAUUCAAGACCCGGCACAGGCAGAAGCUUACACAAUUUACUGUCAGAACAGGAUGGACUAUGAGAAGCGGGUAAGGGCACAGGCCAAGAAGUUUGCCCCCACUUAGAGGGAAGCGCUGCGCUGGGUCCCACCGGAGCAGCCGGCACCACAGUGGAGACGGACAGGAGGCGCCUGAAGGACCACUCAAAUAAGAAUCCACUUUUUGAGUAUUAUACAGUUGCACAGGUUACAAAAAAAACAAAAUCCUCUUCCUUUCAUAAACGACAAAAAUUCAACACGAUUAAGAUUGUACCUGUCUUAAAAAAGAUAUUGAGGCAUCUUCAGCUCAGAGCCGAUGGUGCCAGCAUCUGUGUAUAAUCCAUUUCUCCACUUUCUUUCCCAUCAGUGCUAAGCGAACCCGUGCCUCCAUGAAUACCAUUAGUACUGUGUCAACAGAGCUGUACAAAUAAGACAUUACAUCCAAACCACUCUGUGUAUGGAUCGGCAGAGGACAUUUUCCUCUGCCGAUCCCCUCCUCCAUUUUUUUUAUUUUAUUUUAUUUUAUAAACGCAGUGGGAGCUCAGAAGUGUUGUGUGUAGUUUUUCUAUGAGUGUUCGCGCGAGCUGCAACACUGCAGCCAGAAGCACAACCGAGGUCCAUCUUUAUCAAACACCCAUCUGCGUCUGAGAGUAAAACAAAAAAAGUACUUCAGUAAGAAAAAGAAAAAAAAAAGACAAUCCUAGCACAAAUGUGUUGGUUAUCAACCAAAUUCUGGCAAUUAGGAAGAGAAGCUCUGUCCCUUUUUAAAGGAUGCACUUAGAAGACUGAAAGUGAGGCCAGAGGCUCACAGCUGUCCUUAAGCCAAUCCUCCAUUCUUCUAAUACAAGAUAAGUGUUGUAAAGAUUCUUUGUUUGAAUCCAGCAGAAAGUAUUUUAAAGUUACCCCCCCGCCAUGCUCAUUCAUGAUCAGUGUCGUCUUCUCCCAAAGAUGCCGUAGUGUCAUACAGCGACCUCGCAUUGUAAAAAAAAAAAACAACAAAAAGAAAAAAACAACAAAAAAAGUUAAACCUGUCG